CCAGGGACUGAGCACAGGAAUGAUUUCUCAUCAGAUUCGCAGUUCACUGUACGGCACUUCCAUUUGCCCUGAAAGACACAAAAACUCUACCUUUUUGUACUUGGGAGUGUCAUUCCUUUGGAACUGUAAAUCCUUUGCCUCUGAUAGGAAGGGAGGUGCCACACUUGCUAAUCCUCUGUGAGCCCAGACCACAUCUCUAAAGCAAUCCUUGGCUCUCUGGGCUACCACUCCCUAGUCUCCCUCCCCUCACCCAACCCCCGCGCGCGACAAAUUUAGGAAAAUAAACCUCAGCUGCACCAAAAAGGCACCAGAAACAGUCUGCAAAGGGAGCCAGGAUGUAGGCUUCCCACGGACCCAAAGAACAAUCUUUUCCCUUUAUCUCUCUUCCUAAUCUCACCCUCCAAAGUCCCGAGUCCGUGGAGGAUGGAGUAGCUUAUAUGGUCCCUGAAAAAUCCUGCGAUAUAGGGGAUUGGGGCGUGUUCCCUCAUUGGGGUACUAACCCACAAUCCCCGAUAGCCUAGACCCGGAGGAGCUGUUUGGGAGAGAGUAAGGUUGGCAAAGCCCGCUGCUGCUCUGGGUAACCUGGCAAGCCAGGCGCCGCCGCUUUGCCAGGUGUUGGUGGGGUGCGGGCGCGCUGCCUUGCUCAGCUCCACUGCAGCAGGAAGAAGCUGCCAUCGCCACUGGGGGAAGAGUUGCCCGGGCUGCUGACGCGGUUGGACAGAGGCAAGCUGUAGGGGAGGAGCCUGGGCUCUUAAUGCAGCAGCCUCCAGUACAGCUCCCCGGCAGCCGCCUCCUGCAGCAGCUGAGGAAACCGUAGUGGCUACAGCAGAAAGCAGAGGAGGCAGCGGCGGCGGCGGCGGCGGCAGCAGCAGCAGCAGCUGUAAGCGCACGCGUGUGGGUGUGAGUGUGUGCACCCGCCCGCACGCCAGCCUGGCCGCAGGGGCCAGCCCGGCUCUCAACCCCCCAGCCGGCGUUUCUAUCACCGCCCAGUUAUAGCCACCCACCCAGAGCAGAGACCUAGACCCUCUCCCUGCGUGGCGUGGCGUGGCGUGGCGUGUUGGGGCGAGCUUCGGUCCUCCCAGUCCACCUCUCCACCCGGGGGAGUCCCGAUCCAGAAAGACACCAUUUUGUAGCUGGACGCUUUCCGAAAAGGGCGGGAGGGGGGGUGUCUUUGGCACCACUGCCAACCGGGGGGGAACCUGUUGGGCAUCUCUCUCCCCAGAACGGGAGCUCCUGCCUACUCUAAGCAUCUCCUCCCCGGGCUGGACCAGACCCUGCCGGGCUCAGCGCAUCCCUCCUGCACCAGACCGACACUAGCUGCUGCAGCAUCUCUGGCAAUCGAAUCGCUAGGAAGUGGUGGCGGUAGUAGCCGCAGCAGCAUUGAAAACCUCAAGUGUAGGAGGUGACAUAUCGAUUUCUUCUCUCCUCUUCCCUUCCUUCUCCUCCUAAUCAUCCUCCUGCUCUCCGGGAAGGACUAUGCUGUGCUCCCUCCUGCUACCCUGUCCCCCUCUCCUCUGAGGCUGGUGGCGGGGAGAGAUCAUGGAUACUUGUCUGCUGGCUUUUAGUUUCCACACAAGUAACCCUGCUGUCAAUGGAGGAGGACAUUGAUACCCGCAAAAUCAACAACAGUUUCCUGCGAGAUCACAGCUAUGCUACGGAAGCUGACAUUAUCUCUACGGUAGAAUUCAACCACACAGGAGAAUUACUAGCGACAGGAGACAAGGGGGGUCGGGUUGUAAUAUUUCAACGAGAGCAGGAGAGUAAAAAUCAGCUUCAUCGAAGGGGUGAAUACAAUGUUUACAGCACAUUCCAGAGCCAUGAGCCCGAAUUCGAUUACCUGAAGAGUUUAGAGAUUGAGGAAAAGAUUAAUAAAAUUAGAUGGCUUCCACAGCAGAAUGCAGCCUACUUUCUCCUUUCCACUAAUGAUAAAACUGUGAAACUCUGGAAAGUCAGUGAGAGAGAUAAGAGACCAGAAGGCUACAAUCUGAAAGAUGAAGAUGGCCGGCUCCGGGAUCCUGCUACCAUUACAACACUACGGGUUCCUGUGCUGAGACCCAUGGACUUGAUGGUGGAAGCCACCCCCAGAAGAGUAUUUGCCAAUGCACAUACAUAUCACAUCAACUCCAUAUCCGUCAACAGUGACUAUGAGACCUACAUGUCAGCAGAUGACCUGAGGAUAAACCUAUGGAACUUUGAAAUAACCAAUCAAAGUUUUAAUAUUGUGGACAUUAAGCCAGCCAACAUGGAAGAGCUCACAGAAGUCAUCACGGCGGCAGAAUUCCACCCACUCCACUGCAACACCUUUGUCUACAGUAGCAGCAAAGGGACAAUCCGACUGUGUGACAUGAGGGCAUCGGCCCUUUGUGACAGGCACACGAAGUUUUUUGAGGAGCCAGAAGAUCCAAGCAACCGGUCAUUUUUUUCUGAAAUCAUCUCUUCAAUUUCUGAUGUGAAGUUCAGUCAUAGCGGAAGGUACAUUAUGACCAGGGAUUAUCUGACCGUCAAAGUCUGGGACCUCAACAUGGAAAAUCGGCCCAUUGAGACUUACCAGGUUCAUGACUACCUCCGCAGCAAGCUGUGUUCUCUCUAUGAAAAUGAUUGCAUUUUUGAUAAAUUUGAGUGUGUAUGGAACGGAUCAGACAGUGUCAUCAUGACUGGGUCCUACAACAACUUUUUCAGAAUGUUUGACCGAAAUACCAAGCGUGAUGUCACCCUGGAGGCUUCCAGGGAAAAUAGCAAGCCCAGGGCCAUCUUGAAACCCCGCAAAGUGUGUGUUGGUGGCAAACGGAGAAAAGAUGAGAUCAGCGUGGACAGUCUGGACUUUAGCAAAAAGAUCUUACAUACAGCUUGGCAUCCUUCAGAAAAUAUUAUAGCAGUGGCGGCUACAAAUAACCUAUAUAUAUUCCAGGACAAGGUUAACUAGGAGGACAAGUUAUACUUAAUAAGCUCACAUACUGAAUACUAGUCAAACAAGUUUUUAAAUGUUUCUUUGGGUUUUUAUUUUAUUCAUUGACUUUAAUUUUCCUAUGCAGGAAACAAUUGGAAUAGAAGAAAAGCAGUCCAAAGGCCCCCAGUUCCCCCAAUUUUAAGAAACUAUGUUGGCAAAUCCAACAAAUAGGUUCAAAAUACUUUUGUUUAGAAUCGAGAGCUGCCAGGUAACCAGGACCCUUCCAUAGUUGACUUGAAUUUCUGAUGCUUUUAUUACCCAAUUCUCUCUGGUGAGUCCAGUGUUUUGUUUCUAGGUGUCUGCUGAGGUGAAAUAAGAUUGUCUGUAGUAUUUAAGGGGGGAGGGGGAAGAUAAGGUUUUUUUUUUUAAUUAAGCAAUUCCAUUUGAUUGAAAAAUAAACACUGUUUACUCUACUUUUGGAUAAAAAUCUGUUUGCUUCAUGGAAAACUAAAAUUACUUUUUUUCCUUUCAUUUUUAAAAAUUCUUUCUGUUGUUUCUGUUUCAAAUAUCUUUUCCUCUUCUGAGGUUGUGAAAACAGAAAUCCAGGCCAAAAUUAGAGUCUGAUUAAAAGUUGUAUCCAUACCCCAGCUUGCUACAUUUCUCUGUUACAAUCCCAGGUCAAGAUUUGGCUCUAGAUGUGCUUUUGUGCUUUGGUAAAUGGAGAAAGCACUUAAACAGAGCUUCUAAAAUCUGCCAUCACACCCUAGAUGGACCUGGAUUCCAUUCUGUUUUUCUUUCAUUUUGCUUUUGUCAAUUAAUGAAAGCCUAAAGACAUUAAUGAAAGCCUAAAGACAGAAGAAAUUGUUACUUAUGUUUUGACAUUCCAAAUGAGGGAGCAUCUCUUACCCAAACCCGUCACGUUGGAAACUGAUACCCAGGAAUUCUCAUUCCUUCCCCGACUCCCAUCUAUUAUAGCCAACAAGGUAACAAAGCCCUAUGCCCCAAUGAGGCUGGAACAAUAUUAAUCAAUUUUAUUGCCAUUUCCUGAAACUGAUUUAGAAUUUGCAACACCCUCAAAGCUCACCCUUUUCAUUUCCAAGGUGAAAACCCAUGAGGUUGGGCCACUUCUAGUUUGGACAUUGUGCAUAAAAAAGAACACAUCGUCUGUGAAAUCCACUAAAACCUACUGAGGCUCAGUUUAAUACUUCAAUGCCUCCUCCUCAAUUGGAGUUUCUGACUUGUGGCACUUCCUGAGAAAUACCACUGAUAUCCCCCCCUAAAGUAAACCUCAGGGAGUAAGACUUAAUGAAUUCAAAGGACUUCUGGCUCCUGGAAGAGUUUCCACAAGCAAACCAGGACCUGGAUUUCACAUCUUAGUAGCUGCAGUUUUUGCUCAGGUGCUGGCCACUCUGCCUUUCAGAGUCCAUCUAACCUGCCACCUGGAGAAGAAAGGUGCCUCAGGACACAGCUCGGGGUCCGCCAUCUUGAAAAGGCAGGUUUUCCUUAGUUAAUGGCUUUACAUAGAGCCAGAACAUCACAAUUUUCAGGGUUAACAUUGGAGGGAGUGUUGCCAGGGGGAAGAAGGGGAAAUAGAAGAAGUCCAUCCUAUUUUCCCAGUGUCUUUUUGUUUUCCCUUGUAUCAAAAGCCUGUUCUGUAAUACCCCAAGUAAAGUUCUCUCGGUUGUCCUCUU